AUGCAUUUCCUACAUGCAUUGACUGCGUCUAGGGGCUACUGGGGUCAGUUCGGCUUCGCGUCUUCAUCCGAUGACUUCCAGGAGAAAUGCCUACAGUUUCACCCGCAGACCAUCGUCCAGAACGCGCAGCUCACCAAGCUCGAGUUCCUAGCCAACGGAACGGACGCCGAGUUCCCCAAUAACGACCCGUCGUGCGGCGGCAAGAAGCAGACCGUCGAGGCGGAUCUGUGUCGGGUCGGCCUCACCAUCAAGACGUCCAACCGCUCCGAAAUUGCCUUUGAGCUGUGGCUGCCGGAGAAGUGGACGGGCCGGAGGUUGCUGUCGACAGGCAACGGCGGCAUCGAUGGCUGCAUUAAAUAUCCGGACUUGGCGUAUGGCAGCGCGCAUGGCUUCGCGACGCUCGGCACCAACAACGGCCACGAAGGCGCAUCGGCCCGCGCCAUGCUGAACAACGAAGACGUCAUCGUUGAUUUUUCCCAUCGAGCCUUGCACACGGGCACCGGCGCUGGCCGGCUCCUCGCCGAAGCGUUUUACGGCGCGGCGCCGGCGCGCUCGUACUACCUUGGGUGCUCCCUCGGCGGCCGCAUGGGCGUCCAGGCCGCCGACCUGCACCCGGACGACUACGACGGCAUCGUGGCGGGCGCGCCGGCCGUCGACUUCAACCUGCUGCAGGGGCAGCGCGCCAUGUUCUACAACGUGACCGGUGCGCCGGGGUCCUCCGACUACGUCCCCGUCGAAACGUGGAGGAGGCUGAUCCACGACGAGGUGCUCCGGCAGUGCGACGCGCUCGACGGCGUCGCGGACGGCAUCAUCGAGGUGCCGUCCCGGUGCCGCUUCGACCCCGGCACGUUGCUCUGUGACGACCACCACGGAGGCUCGGGGGCGGCAGCGUGCUUGAACGAGGCCCAGGUCCGGCAGCUGCGGAGAAUCUACGCCGACUAUCGCUGGCCGAACGGCACGCUGCUGUUCCCGCGCAUGAACCCGGGCAACGAGCUAGCCGCGACGGAGAAGCUGCUCGCCGGGAGACCAUUCAACUACUCCGUGGAGUACUACAGAUACGCGGUGACGGGCGACCGCAGCUGGGACAUGUCGCGGUUCACCUUUGCCGCCAUCGAAGCCGGCGACCGCGCCGACCCGGGCCGCCUACGGACGUGGCCGGCCUCGCUGCGGCGCUUCCAGGCCCGCGGCGGCAAGGUGCUCGCGUACCAUGGCGGGCAGGACAACCAGAUCACGAGCUUCCAGAGCGAGCGGUUCUACGAGCGGUUAGCGCAGCACCACGGCCACGCCGCGAUGGACGGCUGGUUCCGGUUCUUUCGCGUCGCGGGCAUGCAGCACUGCAGCGGCGGGCCGGGCGCGUGGGUGCUCGGUCAAGGAGGCGGCGCGGCGGCGACGCCGCCCGGAGGUUUCGAUGCGGAGACGAGUGCUGGCGGCGGUGGUGGCGUGGGGGGAGGGAGGGCGGGCGCCGGCGACGAUGACGGGGACAAAGUACGUGGAUGA